AUGUCGCAUGGCCGCCAACAUAUCUCCCAAAACCCAACAUCUAGCUCCCGCGUUUCCUCUGUCUCUCGAGUACAAGAUAAUACGUCAAAUAUCCAGGUAACUGGAACGCUAAGGCUAAGAGCAGAGGGAGAUACUUCGGAUACUCGUGAUCAAACGCCAGCACGGCAUAUUCGGUGGAGCCAAGAUGUGGUAGAUAAUGAAGGAAUGGGAAAGAAAAGCUCAAAAGUAUGCUGCAUCUACCAUAAGACGAGACCUGUUGGAGAAAGUAGUUCGGAAUCAGAGUCCUCGGAAUCAGAAUCGUCCGAUUCGGACAGCGAUCGGGGGGCUGGGGCUGUGAGGUCUAAGAAGAACUGCAGACAGCAUAACCAUGACCAUGGUGGCUCUCAGUCGUCACCAGAAAGAGCGCGAACGCCUGGUGACCAUGGCCCCGACGACGAGAAACGCCAACGAAGAAAGCCUGGUCCAAAUGCCUACGAAAAGAUGCCCAAAUUUACGAAGAGCUAA